AUUGAGGAGUUCGCAAGAUCGCACCUUUGAACUCAGUUCUUUAUUUCUAGCUUCAAUUUGAGCUUCUGCACUUUCCGCGGAGGAUCCGAGUGAGAGAAAUCGUUUCGUUUCAGCUGACUCUUCAGAACCGGUUCAAGUCAAAAUUGAUACACUAGAACCGCGGCCACCAGUCUUGCAAACAUUUGACCACAUGAGUCAUGCUCGGACCGGCCGAGCCCUCGACACACAGGCCACUGGUGUUGAGGUUCAAACUCCAGCGUUCCCAUUUCGCUCAGUUGGAGAGCUUAUUGGAAUUCAUCUUGAAAUAAACCCAGAUGUUAUCAACUUCAUUAUAGAGUCCGAGGAGGAUAUAUGUAACAAUGAAGAAUUGUCAUCUUUGGUGAAGGAAUAUUUAGAGAAAAGCAUACAGGCAUUAGAGUUUUGUGGUGCCCUUGAGAAUUGCUUGAAACGUGCUCGAAAGAACCUACAGAUUAUUCAGCUUGCAGUUCAAAAUUUUGAGGAAGAAGUACUGGUUGGGGGAGAAGAAAGGAUAUUCAGGAGGACAUUGGACGAACUAAACAAAUUUAAAGCAGCUGAGGAGCCAUUUGAUGAGGAAUUCGUUGAGCGGUUUUUGUCUGUGCGUAGGCAGCAGGUGCCGUUGUUAAACAAAUUGCUACAGCAAAAGAGGGAGGUGGAUAAGAAUCUAAAAACUGUGAAAACAUGGAGGAAGGUGUCUAAUUACUUUUUCUUUAUCCUGUUUGUCUCUGCAGUGAUUUUAUCGGUGGUUGCUGCUGCCAUGAGAGCACCAACUGUUAUAACAACUGUGGCAAGUACCUUGGCAUUUCCUGUUGGUAAAUCACUGGAAAAAUUGUGUAACUGGUUUUUAAAUCGUUCUGAGAAGAAAUUGGAAUGGCAGGGGUUGCUUAUUUCAAUGAAGGGUUUUACUGGUUACAUUACAAUUAAGGACAUGGAGACCAUAUGGAUACUUGUUAAAAAAAUGGAAACUAAGAUCGAGUCACUUUUGGAUGGUGCUAAUUUGGCACUUAGAGAACAAGAGGCUGUGAAGCUUGUGGUUGAUGAUAUAAAAAAGAGAAAGGAGGAGUUCAUGGAAACCAUUGAGGACUUGGGUAAACAAGCUGAUAAGUGCAGCCAGGCAAUAAAGGGGGCAAGAUCAUUGAUUUUGCAGAAGAUAAAUGAAGCUCUUUCCCAAUCAGCAGCUGCAGAUUCCCCUUGGAACGAAUUAUUUGGGUGAUGCUGCAUAUGUAAUGUCAAUUAUAUGCCCUAGGUAAAGAAAUGCCAACUCUACACAUUGUUGGGUUUGACCCUCUCUAAACUCUAUAAACAAUUGAAUUAUUGAGGUGUUCUUCCCUUUUUAUCUUAUUAUUAAUCUAAUCGCUCUCUGCAGGUAGCCCUUAUCUUUAUCAGCUAUAGUUUCCGUGAGUUUUGAUUUAAGUUCUUCGAUCCAGGUGUGUUUUUAAGAUGCUGAUCGUGAACAUGUGUAACUUUUGGUUGCAAUAUAAUGAAUUGGAGUUG